AUGUCAGAGAUAGCAGUGAUUGCAUCCGUAUCUUUGCUUUUUAUUGCUGGAGCAUCGUUAUUCUCAACAUUAAAGACUUCAAAAAUCCUCAGAGACAUCUUUCUUCAUCAAGUAUUCUCUAUUCACCCUACACAGCAGCUGCCUAAUACUCAACGGAUCACAUAUAGGCAGCUUCUUUCAAGAUAUAUUCCUUACUAUGGAGUUUUCAAAUAUAGCCAUAUCCAAUAUGAUUUACCACCUGCUUGUCAUAUAUUUUUAUUACUGUGCUAUAUUAUUUUUAACUGGUUUACAAAUGUCACUUGCGCAUAUAUCACGAAUGAGUACUCAAUCCCUGUUUCUAUUGCAAUUGCAAUAUUUUUAACGAUUUUUUCUAUGACUUUUACUGCUUUAACGCAGACUGCAUUUAUUUCAAGUUUUAACUUUCGAAUAAAAAAUGAGCAGAAUCGUCGCCAGGAUAUAAGUGAGUUUCCUGAUUUAUUGCUUGAAAGAUCGUUUACUGCAGAACAGAGAAGCUUAAAAAACACACUUGAGCUUUUAUUAGAACGAAUAGUAUUGUGCUCUGCUAUGGUGCUAGGUAUUUGUACGUUUUGGUGUAUGAUGAUUGUCCAAGUUAAUGGAAGCGAGAUCAUGAAAAAUGCAGCAAUUCAGUUUGCGGUUGGGAUUGGCUUGGAUGCUCCGUUGAGGGUCUUUAUCUGUGGAAUUGGCAAAAGGGCAGGGAUUUUUAAGAGCUAUGAAGGGAAAUAUGUGCCGUAUUGUAUCAACAUAUUGCCAAAAGAACUGCCAAGCUAUAAAAAAAGACCAUUGAAGCUAGUUGAAGAGGAAAUAAGCUAUGAAGAAGCUGAUCCGAGCUCUCCUCAAAAACCAAAAAAUGAAGGGAUAAUCAACCCUUCGCUUUGCUCUCAAUCUUUUGACAAUGAGUCAGCCUUCAACAGCAGUAGCCAAAUUGAAGAGGAAGAGUCAAAAGUCCCAGAAGAAAUUCAAGAAAAAUCUCCUGAGUUGCCUAAACUUUUCCAAAAGCCUCAACAGAACCGCGAAUUCUUAAAAAACUAUGACGAUUUCUUAGUCAAUAUCAGCCAAAAUAAUUUCAUUGAUGAAGGCUUGAACGAUAGCUGCAUAGAAAGCGAAAACACUAAAAGAAAACUUUCAGACGAAGAAACCAUCGCAACUCACAAUGAGUUUUCUGAAGAUGAGCUCAUUUUGUACCCUGAAAACUUCCCUUCAACACCAAAACCUUCAAAACAAAUCUGUUUUAAAUCUCCUUCCCCUAAGAAAAAUCAAAGCCCAGAUAAAAGAAAAAACUCAAUCUCCAAAAUUUUGUCACUAAGGCUUCAUUCAUGCUCAGGCAAAAAAAAGUCACAAAUAAUCCCUGAGACUCCGAAAUCUCCACUUAUGGUAGAGCAGCCAACAGCUUUUUUUGAUUCACUAUUGGAAAUAGCAAACAAUCCAUACCAGGAGGAAGAAGAAAUAAUUUCAUGCCAUAAAAAGAAUUUACAAGCUUCUGGACAGGUUUCGGAAUGGGGAACAGCUUAUUCUGAUGAAAAAGGUGUCACAUCAACCACCAUAAAUAUUGAUGAAUCAUGCAAUGAGCAACAGCUAAGCUUGGGACUAGGAAAAGAAAUUAUCGAUUCUUUACCUCCUAUUUCAGUGAAAAAGAAAAAUAUCUUGUCAUUAAUCUCAAGCCACCAUAAAAAGAAGCAAAUCAAAUCAGAAGAUUUCCCAAGGAUUUCUAAAACACCAGUUGGGGAAUCAGAAAAUUUUGACCCUGACUUUGGAGGGUCAGUUUCAGAUGAAAAAAGAGACUGCAGUCCCAAGCCACCCAGACUUCGAAAAAUCAGAAACCAUAAAAAGACAGAUCGAGAUCUAUUAAGGCAUGCUGGUGAACUCUUAAUCCCCUUUUUAGAUUGGAACAAAAAUAUAGGUGAAAUUCCCAUUUUUUGGGUACUUUGACCAUUUAAACCAAUAAAUAAUUUGUUUAAAGAAAUUUUUAUAAGUAAAAUAAUAUUUUUAAAAAUUAGUUUUAACUUAAUUAGAAUGUUAUUUAAACAGAUACAUUAAUUUUAUUUAACUAGCUCUAGUUGGGUCUCUAUUUGCGCAGGGUGGGUGAGACGCCUUUUUCUCCGUCUUGUUGCUACACUCGAACUCAAGACAGGCUUCUCAGUCGGUUCAAGCUCCUUGUCUCUGUGAAGCACUAGCGGCUUUGCACGUUACCUCGCUCUAUCUCACUUUCCUCCAGUGCCUGUUCUUCGGCCUAAGGGUCAUGCCUUUUAUAUCAUCAGGGUAAAUGGCAAAACACUAUACACAAGUUUAGGCAAAAUAUAAAAUUCUUGGCCCAUUUCUUCUCUUGCGCAGAAGUCUACAUGCAAAAAACCUAGCCCCAUAAUAAUGAAUUUUGGAUGAGGUAAAAGGAAUUCAGGAGUUUAAUUGCCUUUAUUAUGAAUAUUAUUUAAACAGUUUACACACUCAACCAAUAAUUUUUUUGAAUUAAUUCUUCAUAAAAAUUGAAUAUUGCACUCAAUUUAUAUUUUUUUAAAAAAAACCAUUAACCCCCUCUAAAUCCGAACAAAAUUUUCUGUUCCAAUUUAAAGGGAAAUUUAGUGAGCGACCGAAACAAUGAAGACGCCCUCUCACAAAGAAAACAUAAGAGAGAGUUCACUGACCCAGGGAAGCCACCUCGGUCUUCCAGAGCAGUUUCUCCUGCAAUAUCUGAAAAUGGAAAAGAAAUUCUUAAAGAAAACUUUAUUAAAUAA